GGUGCGUUGCUGCUCUUACUGCAGAGACACCAUCACUCUGAUCUGCAUCCACAGGAGACACAAGUCCAGAGGAAUGGCUGAUGAAACUCCAGAUGCGUUUACAAAUGUCAGCCGCAAGCCGGGCCUGCAGAUAUGGACCAUCAAUAACAUGACGAUGGUUCCUGUUCCAGCCCAAAGCUUUGGCAACUUCUUUGAGGGUGAUUGCUACAUGGUUCUGUAUAUAAGUCAGAACAAGAGCUCAGGUCAGUCGGGAGACAUCCACUACUGGAUCGGGAACUCGUCCUCUCUGGACGAACAGGGGGCGGCGGCCAUCUUUGUCACCCAGCUGGACGAGUAUUUGGGCGGCAGCCCCAUCCAGCACAGGGAGGUACAGGAAAACGAGUCUCCCCGCUUCAGAAGCUACUUCAAAAAUGGCUUAAUCUACAAAAAGGGUGGAGUGGCCUCAGGUUUUCACCACGUUGAGACAAACGUCUACAACAUUCUGCGGCUGCUGCAUGUCAAAGGGCGGAAGCACAUCACUGCAACAGAGGUUGAGGUAUCUUGGAAUAGUUUUAACAACGGUGAUAUCUUCCUGCUGGACAUGGGAAAGGCCAUAGUACAAUGGAAUGGCCCCCAGAGCAACAGGAGGGAGAAGCUCAAGGCUGUCCUGUUGGCCCAGGAUAUCCGGGAUAGGGAGAGAGGUGGCCGUGCUCAAAUUGGGGUUGUUGAAGGAGGAGAUGAGGAAGACUCACCAGAGCUAAUGAAGAUCAUGAGGGCGGUAUUAGGCCAGAGAACAGGGCAGCUAAAAGAUGCCAUUCCUGAUGAUAAACCUGACAUGGCACAGAGCAGCACUGUUAGGCUCUACCAUGUGUCUGAUAGCAGCGGAAAGUUGGUGGUUCAAGAGGUUGCCACCCAGCCUCUCACUCAAGACCUGCUGCACUCCUCAGACUGCUACAUAGUGGACCAGGGAGGCUCCACUGUGCUGGUGUGGAAGGGUAAGCAGGCCUCCAAGCAGGAGCGUUCUUCUGCUCUGAGCCGGGCAGUGGGCUUUAUCAAGGCCAAGAGUUACCCAGCCAGCACCAAUGUACAGGUGAUGAGUGAGGGAGGAGAGUCAGCCAUGUUUAAACACCUCUUCAAGUCCUGGCAAGAGAAAGGCCAGACUCAGGGUCUGGGUACUGCCUAUACUGUGGGGAGGAUAGCCAAGGUCGACCAGGUGAAGUUCGACGUCAUGGAACUGCAUGCACGUCCUGAACUGGCGGCAGAGCAGCGCAUGGUGGAUGACGCUUCUGGAGACGUUCAGGUAUGGCGUAUCGAGGACUUGGAGCUGGCCGAAGUAAACCCCAAAACCUACGGACAGUUCUAUGGGGGCGACUGCUACUUGGUGUUGUACACGUACAAGAGGUCAAACCAGCAGCAGUACAUCCUCUACAUGUGGCAGGGCCGCCACACCACGCAGGACGAGAUCACCGCGUGUGCUUACCAGGCUGUCAACGUUUAUAACAAGUUUAACGGAGCCCCUGUCCAGGUCAGGGUGGUCAUGGGAAAGGAGCCUCGACAUUUUCUGGCCAUUUUCAAAGGCAAACUCAUCAUCUUUGAGGGUGGCACAGGCAGACCCGGGGUGGUCAACCCUGAUGGAGGUGACAGGCUCUUCCAGGUGAGAGGGACUCAUGAGUCGAACACCAAGGCCACUGAGGUGGCAGCCCGGGCCUCCUCUCUCAACACCAACGACGUCUUCCUGCUGAAGACUGACCACGUGUGCUACCUGUGGUACGGAAAGGGCUGCAGCGGUGAUGAGAGGCUGAUGGGGAGGGAAGUGUCUGACACGCUGUCCAAGCAGGACAAGAUGGUGGUGAUGGAGGGCCAGGAGCCUGCUGAAUUCUGGGUAGCCCUGGGAGGAAAGGCCCCCUACGCCAGUGACAAGAGACUGCAGAGGGAGGAGCCUCUCCACAGUCCCAGGCUGUUUGAAUGCUCCAGUCAGACGGGCCGAUUCCGGAUAACAGAGGUGGAGGACUGCACCCAGACCGACCUGGACGAGGAUGACGUCAUGCUGCUGGACACCUGGGAGGAGAUCUUUCUGUGGAUUGGCAACUCGGCCAACCAGUGUGAGACCAAGGAGGCGUGCAACAGUGCGCUGGAGUACCUCCGAACCCACCCAGCAGGCCGGGACCCCGACACCCCCAUCCUCACCGUCAAACAGGGCUACGAACCGCCCACUUUCACUGGCUGGUUCAACGCCUGGGACCCCCACAAAUGGAGCGGAGGCAACUCCUAUGAGGAGAUGAAAAGAAAGCUGGCUGACACAGCAUCUCUCUCUCACAUCACUGUAGACCUGAACUACACAGACAUGAGUAAAAGUCCUGUUGGACUCGCAGCGGGCGGGGGCACUUACAGAGCCCCAGGAGGCCCCGUGAGCUCUCUCCCAGCCUACAAUCUUCACGGAGGGGACCUGUCCCCCGGACCCUCCAGUCCCUCCAGCCCGCGUAACCAGAGAGCCCAGGCCACCCUCUCUGUGAGCCUGUCCCCUUCGACUGGUCGCCCCUUGUCCCCCUUAGCCGGGGGAGCCAUGUCCCCAUCAAUGGGAGGGUCCAUGUCCCCCUCAGUAGGGGUCCCUGUGUCGCCCUCUACUGGAGGCUCCAUGCGCAUUCUGGCUCCAGAGCUCAUCGUCAACAAGGCCCCCAGUGAGCUGCCACAGGGAGUGGACCCCAUGCAGAAAGAGGACUACUUGUCCGAUGCAGAUUUUGAGAACCUGCUCGGCACGGACCGCUCCGAUUUCCAGCGCCUGCCAAAGUGGCGUCAGCACGACCUGAAGAAGAAGGCAGGACUCUUCUGAAAAGGAGAAGGGCACCAUGGGGGAUCCCAAUGGAUCCUACGUCCACACCUAAAUGUCACUUUGAUUUAAUGAUAGCACACUGUUCUGAAACAAGAGCUGGCGUGAGCUCUUAUAAGACAUCGGGCAAACCCGGGGGGAGAUCUCCACGUUGUUGCAGAGUAAAACUGCCGGGUGUGUUGAGACCCUAACCACUGAAGAUGAGCAGUUUCUAGUCUCUUCUGCACAACCAAACACAGUACAUCAGAGCAAUUAAUUACCUUAUAUAACACCAUCAAUAAUCCUUAACGAUAGUAUCACUAAUCCUAUGAAUCUAAACUAUUAAAAUUUACAUUUCUAAGAUUAUUUAUGAUUUCUGAGUUUUGCUUGGUGUUUUUUCUCAGUCUGUAGAUUUCUUGAUGUUAUCGCCGAUCA